AUGCCUAGUGUAUAUUGUUUGGCAGAUGUGUGCAUGGUUCCAAUCGGAACAGGAUCUGCAAGUAUAUCUGAUUUUGUAGCUCUAAUUGAAAAGAAGAUCCGUGAGAGUACCUUAAAAAGUACUUUACAUAGUGCUGGUACAACUAUUGAAGGGCCUUGGGAUGAUGUUAUGAAAUUAAUCGGUGAACUUCAUGAAUACGCCCAUGAAAACGGUAUAAUUAGAAUUCAAACGGAUAUGAGAGUGGGAACCAGAGUCGAUAAACAACAGUUUGCUCAAGACAAAAUAGAUGUGGUAUUAAAAAAAUUAAAUGAAAUGAAGUAA